ACUUGCUCCUGGGUGGGCCACGGCCACUCUCGGGUGAGUAUAUAUUCUUGUCCUCCUGCUCCCGUUGUCUUCUCCCCUUCCCUAACAAUCUAUCAGAUUCACAACCACCACCUCCAACCACUCACCGUGAUCACAAUGUUGACAAUCUCCACCGUCUUCGCCAGCCUUCUGGCUCUCUCCACGGUCACUGUGGCCAUUCCCGCCCGCCGCGCCGAUGACCCCGGCCCCAACUCGGGAAUUGACCCCCAGGGAACCCUCGGCUACGGCACCGUCCCCAUCUCCUGGGACCUCCCAACCGACCUGAACAAUCCCUCCGCCGGCACCAUCACCGUGACCGGCACAGUCCAAGAAGCCGUCGCAGCCAUGGAAGCCGCCUACCCAGGCUGGAACGCCACCUUCCAGUCCAAGCUUCCGGCCCCCACCGCGGAGCAGCAGGAGGACGGCGACGAUACCUCUGACUUGGGCCUCUUCUCCUUCCCCACGCGCGAGUCGUUCACAUGCGACCUCCCUUACGUCCAGGCCAGCAAGCGUAUGAUUUGGGAUGGCAUCCGCUACCUACGCACAUUGAGUGGUUCGGCCAAGAAUGGCCCCGGUAACCCGGGCAAGGGCAACUGCGGGAGGGUGAGCUGCAGUUGGAGUGCGGCUAUUUGGUGGUGCAAUGAUAAUAACUUCGAGAAGGAGGUUGGGUGGAAUGAUAUUGCUGAUGGUGCUGAGUUCCUCUGCCGCUCCGACUGUGUCCACAGGAAGAAGGAUGUCUUGGGCCAGGUGUUUUACACGGAUAAGUGGAAUGUGAUUGUUCGUCACGAUCAGAACAACUGCUAGAAACCACGAGGAUGGUUGGCAAAAGGGCAGGGGGUGUUUGGGUGGAGCUGUGUCCGG